AUGAGCACCACCACUCCAGCCACGAUGUCACCCUCCAGAGCGACUGCCGAGCACUGCCUCGCCCGCAACCCGCGCUGGGCCGCAUGGAACCUCGGCAUCUUCAUCUGCCUCCGAUGCGCAGCCAUCCACCGCAACCUCGGCACCCACAUCUCCAAGGUCAAGAGCGUCUCCCUCGACAGCUGGACAAAGGAACAGCUCCAGCCCAUGAAGCAGCUCGGAAACCUCAGGGCCAACCAGAUCUACAACCCCCACGGCCCCCGCAACCCCCCGCCGACCGACCUCGAACAGCUCGAGAAGUACAUCCGGGCCAAGUACCAGGCCAAGCGCUUCAUGGCCCCCCAGCCCACCACCACCAGCCGGACCGACAGCCCGCUCUCCAGACCCUCGCCAUCAGCAGUCCCCGCGAGCCCAGCCCAGUCCGCGCCCCGUCCCCCCCCGGCCGCUAACGCACCACAGCCUCCUCCGCUCCGCCCAUCCACCGCGCCCAUCCCCUCCAUCGGCCCCCCGCACCCCAUCCAGCCCGCGCCCGCCCUCCCAGCACACCCCGCCGGCCGCAUCCAGAACAGCACCGCCCCGCACCGCACCGACGGCGUGUGGGCAGACCUGCUCCUGCUCGCCCAGCCGCACCACGCCCCGCCCCUGCGCCCGGCCUGCACCGCCCCCACUCCGCCCGCGCGCCCGCAGCACGCCGCCAGCCUGCAGGCCAUCCACGGGGCCCAGGCGGCCAUCGCCACACACAACCCCUUCGCCACACACCCCGCCCCGCGACCGGCCCAGCUCAUCCACGCCGGCCUGCCGCCCAGCAACCCCUUCUUCACGGCCCACCAGCAGCCCUUCACGGAGCAGCCCUUCACGGCCUACCAGCAGCCCUUCACGGCCCACCAGCAGUACUCCCACCCCGGCGCCCCCGCGCCCAACCGCAACCCCUUCCUGCGCGCCGACGUCCAGACGCUUGGCCCCGACGGCCGCCCGGCCGGCUACACUCCCGCCUCACACCCACCUCAUCCUGCGCUCACCCAACACGCCCCCUUCUCCAGCUAG